AUGUUUUCAUCAUUUUUCUCAAUAAUUAUUCUCUGUGGAGCAAUCGUACAAGAUGUAUACAGUUGGGGUGUAAUUGGACACAGUGUCGUGGCUCAUCUAGCUCAGAGUCAAUUGACUGACGAAGCGUCUCACUGGGUCAAAUCUCUUGUUCCUUGGUAUUUAUCAGGUAAUUUGACUGCUGUAGCAAUAUGGGCUGAUGAUAUUCUCUAUCCGGAUACAAAUUCAUUUGGUUAUCCAAAUUGGCAAUGGAGUCGACCACUACACUACAUCAAUACACCAGCUUGGGCUUGUAACUAUGAUUCAUCGAGAGAUUGUAUCAAUGGUGUCUGCAUCGAGGGUGCAUUGAAGAACUAUUCAAAACGUGCCAUUGAUGCCAAUCUCGAUGAUGUUCAACAUCAGGAAGCACUCAUGUUUCUUGUUCACUACGUUGCUGAUAUUCAUCAACCGUUACAUGUCGGUUUCCAAGAAGAUAAUGGAGGCAAUAGAGUCAGAGGCUACUUCAUGAAUGAAACAUAUCCAACGAAUCUUCACUCAUUAUGGGAUAGUGGGCUCCUCAACAUACGAUUGUCACGCGAUUUCGGAUCGAAUAUCACAAGUUAUUACGAGUAUGUUCAUACACUCAUGAUUAGUCAAACACCGACAACUAGUGAUGAUGAUUUCAACCAAUGGAUUCGUGAAAGUUCCAAAGUGGUUUGUCAGCAAGUCUAUUUGGACGAAACUAAUAUGACGAUGAAUGCAUCGGUCAAUUUUACAUUGGGUGAUAUUUACUACGAAAGAAAUAUUGGAAUAAUCGAACAACGUCUUGCUCAAGGAAGUCGACGAUUGAGUGUUUUGUUCAAUCGCUUAGCUGCCAAUCGUCCAAUGGUGCCAUCGAGAUGUGAAAAAUUGUGUUCAAACAUGAUCAAGUUAAUUGUGCUAAUGUGUAUUACUUUGAAAUCAUUCUUGUCAUAG